UGACUCAACACCACCUGUGCCUGGGCUUGGCGGGGAGCAGGAAGCGCCGUGCCGUUCCCUCCCUCCGUCCUCCUCUCAUGUCCCUCCCCCGUGUGUACCGGCCCGUCGCUGUCCCCUCGUCGCCCCCUCUCCGUCUCCACCCUUCGUUUGGACCUCCCUCCUCUGCCCUGCGUCCUCCUCCCCCUCAUGCUCAGGACGCCGCUGCCUCAGUGUCAGCUCAAUGACCGCCUGGAUCGUCCUGCCUGUCAGCCUGGCCGCCUUCUCCAUCACAGGAAUAUGGAUAGUAUACGCCAUGGCCGUGAUGAACCACCAUGUGUGUCCUGUGGAAAACUGGUCCUACAACGUGACUUGUUCAGAAGAGACAGCCAAACCAGGCUUUCCCAAACAGUGCUGCACCAUUCAGGACAUCCCACUCAUCAGCAAGUGUGGGUCGUUUCCUCCGGAGAGCUGCCUGUUUAGUCUUAUAGGGAAUGUGGGAGCUUUUAUGGUGGUAAUGGUGUGUCUGCUGCGUUAUGCUCAGAUAAUAGAGCACAGUCAUCACUGUUGGACCAAUACCAGCGGCCUUGUGUCUGGUUUCAGUAAUGCGGUGGGUCUAGUCAUGGUGGGAAACUUUCAGGUGGACCACGCUAAGACUCUUCACUAUGUGGGCGCGGGCGUGGCGUUUCCUGCUGGCGUGCUGUUUGUGUGCCUGCAGUGUGUGUUGACGUAUCGGGUGGCCGUCACUACCCUGGACUACUGGAUGGCCCACGUUCGGGUGGCUCUCGCCGCUGGCUCUCUGGUGUCCCUCGUCCUCAGCGGUAUCUUCUUCAUCCAUGAGAGUUUUGUCCUGCAGCACGCCGCCGCCAUCUGCGAGUGGGUCUUCACCGUGGUCAUCCUCGUCUUCUACGGGACCUUCACCUACGAGUUCGGCACCGUCACCAGCGAGACCAUGAUGGCCGGCCUCCAGAGAAACCUCCCCCACGGGUCCAGCGUCAUGCUCAGAGGCGGGUCCGGAGGCCUCGGGGGCGGAGCUUCGAAGGGGCUGAAGUCGCCGGGGGGGAGCAGCACCUCUACACAUUUAAAUUGCACACCGGAGAGCAUAGCAAUGCUUUAGAGUUACACUAACUGCCUAGGCAUUUCUGAGAGACCAGAUGAGACCAUAAGCCCAUAAACGGAGGAAGCAGUGUUUUCUCGUCCCUGGUUACCGGAGUAGUCCUGCAUUACGUGAGUCUGUACAGAGAGGUAUUCCACUCUCAAAUCCAAUCUGAGGUUCUGGUCCUGGAUUAUGAAAUCAUUGGUUGGUAUCUUGGGUCAUGUGCUAAUAAUAUACUGGAUCUAGCGUCUAAGGAGCUUGUAAAUUAAAGAGGAAGGGUAAUUCCUCUUCGUUUUAAUUCCUACACAGAUUGGUGCUGCACAAUGAAAAAUAGAACAAUCUGACAAUGCAUUUUACAUAUAUACAUAUACAUAUAUUUUGUGAUAUACAGCUCUGGAAAAAAUAAGGGACCACUUCAGUUUCUGAAUCAGUUUCUCUGAUUUUGCUUUUUACAGGUUUAUGUUUGAGUAAAAUGAACAUUGUUGUUUUAUUCUAUAAACUAUGAACAACAUUUCUCCCAAAUUCCAAAUAAACAUAUUUUCAUUUGGAGCAUUUAUUUGCAGAAAAUGAGAAAUGUUUUAAAAGUUUAGAAAUCAAUAUUUGGUGCAAUAACCCUGUUUUUUUUAAUAACAGUUUUUAUGCAUCUUGGCAUCAUGUUCUCCUCCACCAGUCUUACACACUGCUUUUGGAUAACUUUAUGCCACCUGUAUAUAUUUUAUAGGUUUUCAGUUUGAUAAAAUCAAGGAAAAAUAUUAAGUGGUCUCUUAUUUUUUUUCUAGAGCUGUAUGUUGCAAUAUUAAAGAUUAUUGGAAUAUUUUAUCACAUUUCAGUGAUUCAACAUGCCAUGAUCUCAAUAAUGCACUUGGGACAAAAUAAAUGAUAGAUAGUAUACAUACCUGAUUUUAUCAGUGUAAAUUUUCCCUUUGUAUCAAUCUUAAGUAAAAUUGCGAUAAUUAUUCUAAAAUUAUAUAUAUAUAUAUCAUGCAGCCUUAAUCCAAACCCACCAGUGAACCUAUAUACGCCUUCUAAGUUUUCUAUUGAAUGCAGAUUGUAGCUGAUUAGUGGAAAAUCGAACUAAAAGUAAAUUUUUUUCUUGCCACUCGAUGCCUUGCAUGUAUCCAUCUGUCCAUCAUGAAUGACUUUGUUUACAUCUUAAACAUUUAAUAUUUCCGUUCAUUAAACGGAAACUACCAGUGAUUACAAAAUUCAGGAUCUGAAACUGAAGGCUGGAGUCUGGAUGUUGAAUACCUCUUCAGAUAGUGGUUGCGUUGCUCUUUUGUGGUCAAUCUGAAUACAAAGAAGCGAAGGAAAGCCACGCCCAGUACAGUGCAGAAGUAACGCAGUGGGGCAUACUUGGGCCUAACUCGAGGCUGGAAACGGGUAGGUCACCAAACUUCCUGUUAAUCGGAUAGUUUGACAAACACAAUUACACAAUUUCCCCUUUCUGUAUAUGAAGCAGAUGCAGUUAAACUAGUUGCCAAGACAUUGGUGUCAGAAGUGGCUUUUUAAUUUUCACACUGGAGCUACCAGGCCAAUGUAGCAAACAGAUAAGUACCCCAGCUUUUAGCAUGGUGUAACUGUAGCACAUGCUCACACCAUCAUACACUCCUCCUCCCCUUCUCACACUGUGUGGAGGUUCUGGUUUAGUCAUCUCUAUUAGACCUGUUAUUUUGUAGUUUCUGACACUAUUUGAGGACACACUUUUAUCUAUAAACACAGGGACAGGCUCCUAAUGCUGUUUAUAGGUAAUAGUGUCUCAUCAUAUGUCUUGGCUGUUUGCUGCUUGAAUGUGUUUAAUUUUUACUUAAGGGGAAAUUGUCUAAAUUGAUGAUGAUGAUGAUGAUGAUGAUCAUUCAUUUGUUACAAUUCACUUCACUUGUUUUUUUUUAAUCAGUUUAUUUUGUACACCAAGUCCAGAUUUGACUUCUCCACAGUCGUAAUACAGAGAGAGGUAUGAUAUAUUUGGGCCACAAAGUAUUUGAUGGUUCAGGUUAGGUCAGCUUAGUUUUGGUGAGUUUUUUUUUUUUUUUUUUUACGCACAGUUUGUGAGGUGUGUUUGUUGCCUGGAUUGUAGAAACUGAAGAACGGGACGGGGGUAUGUGGUUUUUUUUUUAUUAUUAUUAUUUUUUUAAUUAUUUUUAAUGGUCACGGUGUUGAAAGGGGCGGUCUUUUGGUCUGAUAGAGCCUGCUACUGUACGUAUGCCCCUUUUACUGUUCGACAAUGACGACAUAUUUGCACGUUACACAUUGAAUGAAAUCAAAUUUACGAUUUUUAAUGUUUUUCUUAAAGGAACUACUGAGAGAAGUAUAUUCUGAAUGUGUGAGAGGCGAUGGGCUUAUAGUUAAGGAUGUUAUUAUAGUUGUAUGACUUGUGCACACGUAUGAACUUAGCGAAACAAUCUAAGGACGUAAGUAAGAUAAUAGUAUAGCUUGAAGUUAUAGCGUGAAAAUUGCGGAGGAAAAAACGUGUCUUGAUACUCUUCUUGCACAUUUUUCCCUAUGAAUCAUAGAUAACCAUCUUGUAUUGUUUUGGUUAUCAUAAUUAACCACUGCCUUGUACGGCUGUUGUUUUUGUAUGCCUGCAUUUAUAUUGUUUGUUAUUCAUCAGUUGAGAUUUAUUAUUCACAAGUGUCCAUA